AUCCCGGAAUAAAGGCAGCACGCAUGUGCCGCAAACCCGGAUGUAACAUUUUCUAAAACACCAGUUGGGAAACAACAAAUGGGUUAGCUGGCGUUUGUCAUAUAUCAGUAGGCCUGGUCCUUAAAACUACCCAAAUCCUGGGUUGGGCAAAUGUGCCAGGCGCGGGGUUGCUGCUGUAAUAACCCUGUUUAAUUAAAUAGCUGGUUGUUUAGUAACUGGUUAGCGAGAGGAUUGUUUGGCAUUGAAUCGUUUAGCCUGUGAGUUUUAGGAUGGAUUUUCCAACUAAAAAGUAUGAACGCGGGAGCAACUGGUCUGAGCCCGAGGUGGUGGAGCUUUUACAGCUCUGGUCGGAUGAAGCAGUCCAGCUGGAACUGGAGAGCUGCCUCCGCAACCAGCACGUUUUUAACCGUAUAGCUGUGGCGCUGCAUGACCGAAGCAUCUACCGCACCGCGGACCAGUGCCGGGAGAAAAUCAAGAAGCUGAAGCUCGAUUACCGCCGCAUGAAGGAGAACCAACAGACGCCGCGCGGUGCAAGAGCGCGCAGGUUUUACGACGUGAUAGAUCGCGUGCUGAGUAGCCGCGCCGCUGCCUCUUCCUCCUCCUCCUCAUACUCGGCUCUGUGGGGGAAUGCUGGCGUGCAUCAGCAGGCGGGCCCGGCCUCCUCCAGCUCCGCCUUUACAUUCAGCUGCCCGCCCAAAGCAGGCGAGCUCAUGGAGAUAAAGCUCGAGGAGCUGAACGCGGACGGCGAGGAGGAGCUGCUGAGUGCUGAGGAUCCGCUGUGCUCGGAGGAAGAGGCGGAGGCGGACUGUAAAUCAGCCGGAGCGGACACAGAGGAUCCCGGAGAGCGGGGAGGGGAGUGUGCUGCUCACACGGGCUGGUCUCCUUCAGGUUUUAGUGACCAUAACGUGGCUGGUUCAUCCGGUGCAGGCUUUUCUCCUGUAGCAGUUCCUGUGACCAGUGUAGACAGAUGCACCCAGGCUGACCUGAAAGAUCCUAAAUAUUCCACCAGGUUCCAUCCGAGGAAGCGGCGUCGGGCAGUACGUGCAGGCAGUGGUGGGAGGUUGCUAGAGAAGGCACUGGCAAGUUUCAUAAACUGGCAGCAAGUCAUGGAGGAAAGAUACGCCUCUCUGGAGGAAAUGAGGCUGCAUCAGGAGGCACGGGCUGAGAAGGAGAGGCAGCAUCAGGAAGAGAGACGGGUUCAGCAGGAGAGGGAGCAUGAGCUGCGUCUUGUUUCCUUACUUGCAGGGGCCUUCAGUGCAGCCAGAAGGACAUCAGAGCAGGGAAGCAGCAACACUGAAACCUCUGAUCCCAGUGCAACAGUGUCAGAGUUGACAUUACUCUCUGUGCCACCUGCUUUUACACCCAACCCUGCCACAACCCCCACUGUACCCAGAAUUCUGCAGGAAGGUCACACUGUUAAUCAGGAACAGAGCAACACCAUGAUCCUUUACUCCAAUGCAGAUGUGUCAGUGCCAUCCCAGUCCCCAUUUGUACCCAGAAUACUAAAGGAUAAUCAGAGAGCUGAUGAGGGAAACACCAGCACAACAACCUCUGACUGCAAUACAACAGCAUCUGAUUUAGCAACUUUCUCUGUGCCUCACAAUUCUUCAGGUCCAGGCCCUGAGCCUUCCACACACCCCUUUGUGCUCAGCAUGCUACAGGGUGAUAAAACACCCCAGCACAGCAAAUUAUUGUCCCGCAGGGGUAACAGCAUCCGCCAUUACCAGGGACUUCUGCAGGAAGGCUACACACAGUACUUUGCCAACAAGCAUGAUGAGAACAGUAACCCUGAUGGCAUUAUAAAUCUGGGAACAAGUGAGAACAAGCUAUGCUCUGACCUCCUGCAGAAACGGCUGACACAACCUGAUAUGUUCUAUGUGGAUUCUUGCCUGCUGCAGUACGCAGACUGGAAAGGCCAUCGCUUCCUAAGAGAGGAAGUAGCAGAGUUCCUGUCAGUAUAUUGUCAUGCUCCAAGACCUCUAAAAGCCGACAAUGUGGUUAUGAUAAAUGGCUGUGGCUCACUAUUUUCUGCUAUAGCAGCUGUGCUUUGCGACCCUGAUGAUGCAAUCCUCAUCCCAACCCCUUUUUAUGGUGUGAUCGCAGAAGACGUUGGUUUGUACAGCAGUGUGAAACUCUACUGUGUUCCUCUUGACAGUGAGCCCAGCCAAAAUGAUGAGAGACCAUUUCGCCUCACUGCCGAAAAACUGGAACAUGCUCUCCAGCAAGCACAGAAAGAGGGGGUGAAUAUCAAAGCUAUCAUCCUGGUGAACCCCCACAAUCCUUUAGGGGACGUCUACACCUCUGAAGAGAUGAUCAGCUUUCUAAACUGUGCCAAGAGGCAUGAGUUGCAUGCUAUUGUGGAUGAGCUCUACAUGUUGUCUGUGUUUGAUGGCUCCUUUAACAGCAUCCUCAGUCUACCAAGGUUACCAGACCCUCAGAGGACUCAUGUGAUGUGGGGCGUUAGCAAGGACCUUGCCAUGGCUGGCGUGCGUGUGGGUACAGUAUACUCUGAGAACUGUGAUUUAAUUGAGGCCCUUGGUCGACUGGGCUAUUUUCAUGGCUUAGCAGGACCAACACAGCACCAGGUGUCUCAGCUGCUGAAGGACCGAGAUUGGAUGAAUAAGGUGUUUCUCCCUGAGAAUAGACGCAGGUUGCAAGAGGCCCACCAGUACGUGUCUACUGAGCUAAAAAGGCUCAACAUUCCCUACCUCCACAGGGGUGCAGGCUUCUUUAUCUGGGCUGACUUCAACAAGUAUCUAAAGGAGCACACAUUUGCAGAGGAGCUGCGUUUAUGGAGGUGUUUUCUGAAACACCGGGUGUUGCUGAGCUGUGGUCAGGCAUUUAGCUGUUCUUCACCAGGAUGGUUCCGUAUCAUCUUCUCUGACCAGCGCCACCGCCUACAACUUGGCUUAGAAAGGAUCAGAGAGGCUCUAGAGGAACUCCAUUGCUCCAGCAUCCUGACUGACUGUGAGAACACAAAAGCAGACAAACAAGAGGAUGACAGACAAACACAGAGGCGUAGAAAGACAGAGGACAAAAACAACAAAGACCAUUCCAAAGAUACAACAAUCGAGGCCUUCAUUUCAACAACAAAAGAGCAUUUAGAAAGUAAAGGCGCUGUGGGUGAAAACUUGUCAUUGGCUGAUGAGGAUGUUCAGGUUAACAACUACCAAACAUUUGCUAACUCAGAGAGUCUGGAUUCACUAAUAGGAGCAUUGCGACAGCAGAUCCACUCCUCUGAUUGGCUAGAGAAGAACAGGCCAAAACUGGCUGAUGGAGAAGAUGCGACACAAGCGGAGGUUUUUAAAGACCUCUUGGACAGAGCCAGGAUGUAAGAGUGUGAAAGAUACUUUCAUUCCCAAUUCAAAGAUGCCUCAUUUUAAAGCACAGGUUACUUUGAGGCCUUUGGAUCUUGCAAAAGUCCGGGUGAUUGUUGUGAAGAUUAUUUGGAGGCUUUGAAGAAAAACUCUACCCUGCAACUCAUUACAUGCUGCUGAACUGUUUGAGCAAAGUGUACAGAUGAGGUGAUGAGAGAGCUGGAUAUUCUAAAGGAUUAAAAUGCUUCUUCAUCUCUCUCUUUAGGUAGAGAUAAAGAAAGUGCUAAUUCCACUGCUAUCACUAUUAGCAAGUAUUACCCUGAACAGCAUUGUGAUUAAUGCAGGAAAAUAAACAGCAGGUUGAUAGAAGAAGUUUAAGCCAAAAAGUCAGAAUUUCACUACAAAAUAAAUCUUGGACACAGAUCACAUAUAAAGAUUAUUAUAAAUUCACUCAGGAUGGAUUUUUCCUUUUUUUGCUUCCAGUUUGCUCUUUUGUUAGAUUUUAAAUCUUUCUUUGCACCUUAUUUUUGUUAAUAUCAUGAUGAUCAGUAAGAGCGCUUCACAAAAUAACACCUUUAAAUAAAGAAAAAUGCUUUUUAAAAUGUGGUGUCUUAUUUAUUUAUUUAUUUAUUUAUUUAUUUUUCUUUUAUUUAAUGUGAGACCAUGCUGAGGCAGAAGUCAGUUUUAGUGCUUAUGUAUGAAUUAUUUCCUCCUUGUGAAUCCUGAGCAAACUGUUGAAUAAGAAAAAGUAAUGCUAACAGGUUGAGCACAAAGAAAAAUCAUGGAGGCGUUUUUUUGUUUGUUUGUUUGUUUGGUUUUAAGUGCAUUUGAUGGUGUGCUUAGCAGUGGGCUCUUCUUUCCUCUAGAGGUUACACCAUGACAUCAGAGCAGCCCCUCUUCUGUUUCUGCGGGGGGGAAACCAACAAAAAAAAAAAAGAGAGCAACCACAGAUUGACGUAUGAGAAGAAUGUAGUUUGAAUUUCUUAGUGCAUUUUGACCCAGUAAUAUGAACACCCACUCUUUAGUUUCCCUUUCAGAAAUGUGAAUAUUAGUUAUAAAUAAUUUAUUUCACUGUACAAACUGCAGUUUGGUUCAGAUGGGCUUCUAGGGGAAUUUAAACACAGCGUUUGUUCCCCUGUGUGUUUGUGUGUAUUUUCUGGCAGGGGGAGUUUCCACCACCUGGAGGCUGGGUCUCCACUGUAGGCUGAGGGAAAUCUCUGGUGUCACUUUACAGUUGUGUAAAGGGGAAGUUAGAGGGUGUGUGUGUGCGCGCGAUGUGUGUGAUGUCUAUUCUCUGUUUCAUUCCCAGUCUUCAGUAUUUAGGUUUGAGCUUCGACAAGGGUGACAUCUCUCUCUCUCGCUCUCUCUCUUACUUGCUCUCUAAUCAUUUUGCAACAGCUCUUUUCAGCUGAAGAAUGAAAGCACCAGAGCUUGUAGAUUCAACAAGUCGCUUUCGAUUCGCUGACUCAAUCCUGGGUUUAGUGGGCUGCAUGUGUAUCAGUUACGCUGUUUGGACACCUAACUGGUUGGAUGGAAAGGGACUGUGGUCCAGGGGAAACGAGUCCAAUCCAGUUGACAGCUGGACACGGGGGCAUGUAAUCCAAGGUUUAGGGCCUCACAAUGUGUUUGCUGCCCUUUCUUUCUUCAUGGCUGUAAGCUCAGGAAUUCUGUGUCUCCUGUUUGCAUUCUGCUGGACGUCAAAGACUGUGCUCUCUUACUCCAACACACGCUCGCUGCUGAUGGCAGGCCAGGCACUUUACCCUACCACCCUGCUGCUCAUCAUGCUGCUACCAACAGGGUUUUUCUUUCUCCUAAGCUGGGCGCUCUUCACCAGCCAACAUAUUGCCGAUAUCCAAGAUGACCUGACACGCCUGGGCUCCUCCUUUUGGCUGGGUGCUGUGGGUUGGGCUCUGUUGUUGGCUGUGCUGCCAGUGGUGUUCCUGGUGGAGCAGUGUGUGGUACCUGACAUACUGCCUGAGCUGAACAGGAAGACUGAGUUGUGGUGGAAGGGAUUCGAGGUGUCUCACACACCCUCGUUUAGUGACCGCCACAAGCACAGUGCCGAACACUUUAACCAUGAGUACAAGAGACACAUGUCCAUGCCCUGAGGAAGACAGCAGCAUCAAAUGUCACUGCUGUUUAAAUAUCCUUAUUGCCUCGUCACUGAAAGGCUGAGUGUGUUUCCAGAACCAGGUAACUAUGAAUCUUGUGUCCUUUGCACAUAAGGGUUCACUCAGCUUGAAGAUACAUGGAUUUUUCCAUUCUGGAAGCUCAGAAGGCUGUGGCUGAGUUAUUGCUCUUUGCAGAGGAACUAUCAGAAGUAACAGCCUGAAGAAGAAAAUAACUCAUUCACUGUAAGCAGACAUUACAAGACUCGGUUGCUUUUAAAGAAUUUUCUUUUGAACUUUAUUAUGCAUAUUCCACAGAUUAGUAGCACACACUACUUUAAAUGAAAAAUGCACACCUAAAACACUAAAAAUAUUUACAUUGAAAUGUGUGAUGCGCUUUGUGAUUCAGAUGCUAAUUUGCUGGUUGGUGCUAUAUUUUUGUUGUUCAGGUGACAAGUUAGUAUUGUGUGCCACGAUGAUAUCACAGGGGGACAUGGUAACACAGUUACAAUGGCUAAUAAUAAGGAAAAAAUUCCAACAAUCUCAAACCUAAGUGAUAUGAUCAGGUUUUGCUGUUAGGCCUGACAAACAAACAGAAAAAGUUUCUUUUCUCAUUCACCAUUUUCAACUGAUGACAAAUCCAGCAUAGAAAUAACAGAGAUAGCAAGCACUGGAGUCCAAGUUUCAGAAUGCAAUGCAGAUAAUGAUGCAGUUGCAACGACUUACAGUAGAGACUCGACUUGGCUAGUUGGUGAUCUAUGAGAUGACAAGCAUGAUGGCAUCCAUCCAUCCAUUAUCCAUAGCUGCUUAUCCUGUGCAGGGUCGUGGGCAAGCUGGAGCCUAUCCCAGCUGACUAUUGGCGAGAGGUGGGGUACACCCUGGACAAGUCGCCAGAUCAUCGCUGGGCUGACACAUAGAGACAAACAACCGUUCACACUCACAUUCACACAUUAGAGCCACCAAUUAACCUAACCUGCAUGUCUUUGCCCUGUGGAGGAAACCGGAGCACCUGGAGGAAACCCAUCCAGACACAGGGAGAACAUGCAAACUCCACACAGAAAGGCCCUCGUUGGCCGCUGGGCUCAAACCCAGAACCUUCUUGCUGAGGCAACAGUGCUAACCACUACCCAGUAUUAGUGUGAAAGUUGAAACUUUGGAACCUGAUCUGUUUGAGCAGAAUCUACAGAUGAGAGAGCUGGAUAGACGAAAGGACUAAAGUGCUGCUGUCCUUGCUCUCUUUAGGCAGAGAAGAAGCAAGAACUAAAUGGUUCCACAAUGUUGUUUGACUCAUGGGAAGUCAAACAAAAUUGUGGAUAAUGUAGGAUGCUUUCAUGUCAGUGAAAGCAUUUGAAAACAAAAACAUUAACUCUGAGCUGAAUUGUAAAAUAAACAUUUUUGUAGAAUUGAAGAUCACAUGUUGAUUAUAAAUGCUGAUAUGCAAGUCGUUCAGAGUGGAUUUUACCUUUAAUUGGAUGAUUUUCGAAUUACAUUUAUACAAUUAAUUCUGAACACUAAUAGACAUCUCAACCAGUCCAGAUUUAAGCUAUUUACUCUUUAACUCUGCAUGCUUCACUGUACUUACUGAAUAAUAACCCUUAAGGUUGAUAAGUGACUAGUAAGCAGGGGACAUUGUUUUAAUUAGUUGAUUGUAAUUUGGUGCAUAUAUUAUUAUUAAUAAUAAUAAUAAUUAUUAUUAUUAUUAUUAUUAUUAUUAUUAUUACUACUAAAUGAAUAAUCCAUCGAGAAAGUUUGCAGAUUUAAACUUUGGCCAAAUCUUAGUCAUUUGAUUGACAUGAAUAAUUUUGGAUGAUAUCAUGGUUGGGAAAUGCCAUACCUGUGCCAAAUGACUUGUGGCACUAGCACCCUCAUAUGGUUGUUCUAUGUUAAAACAUGGCAAAUUAUCUGACUAUAUCCAGGGGGCGUGAAAAGGUUGUGAUUUGCUGUUGCAAUUUGGUCAUUUGCAAUAUUGAUAGUUUUUGUAAUUAUGUGUAAAGACAGGAAAUAAAAAAAAAGUGUUUAAAAACAAA